AUGAACAUGUCAUUGAUUGUGAAUGGAAGCCUAAUUAUAGAAAAGAAAAGCAGAGGGGUAAAUGUGGGGUCAACCCGAUACUCCUAUUGCGAGGUGGAUGAUGAAAGCUGGGACCAUAUACUCGUGGGUUGCGACUUUGCCAAAACCACCUUUGAAUGGAUUUUCAGGUGGUGUGGGAUAUCCGGUUAUGCAGUUCUCGAAAGUUAG